AAGAUCCUACCUCCGCCAUUUUUUCCCGUCGUGAUCACUUAUCAGCUGAUUCGUGACGUUUUACAAGGAAGGCGAAACUCGACAGCAAAACAUGGUACAUUUACUUGCCAAAUUACCUCCUGAAGAAUGUCCAAAACUAUUACACAGGGUGGUGGACGGUGUAUGUGGGCGGGAGUACCCUCGGAUGGCAGACUAUGGUGACAUGUGGACCCUUGUAGAAUGGAUGGAGCUCCUCCACUCCCUCUCCUCUCUGUUCCGGCACGCCGUCGGUAAGAAAACCCCAGACGAAGAGGUGCUGGCAUUGUUGGCAGACGUGGGUGGGGGGUACGGGGAGGCCGUGCUGACCGUCCUGAGGGCCAGACGGGAGGAGAUCCGCCAGGCGCUGGUGGAGAGGACCAAUAACGUGUCCUGUUCCACCCUCCAGGACUUUGACUGGCAGAUAAAGCUGGCAUUGUCCAGCGAUAAGAUCUCGUCUCUCCAGACCCCUCUACUCAACCUCAGUUUGGACGUGAAGAAGAACGGGGCCCUGAAGCCUGUGUCUGUCGAGAUGAACCGAGAGGAAUUACAAACACUCAUCAGCUCAAUGGAGGCUGCCAAUAAGGUGGUACUACAGCUGAAGUGAUGGUGGCGAUAGACAUUUCACUCUGCCCUUUCAUCUAUGACUCUUAUUAAGGGGACAUGCUAUGUCAUCAUAGAGGGACACUGAGCUAUGAUGCAGGGUCUUUCUGGAAACAGUGGUCUGAUCCAGAUACAACUCUUAGCCUUCAAUCCCCUUAGGCACUGAUUCCUACACUUCCCCUCAUGAAUUCAAAACCAUUGAAUUUGUGUAAGUAUGGGAUAGUAGGUGUUGCACCAUAUUCCUUUUAUUCAAUUUAUUUUAAAUCCAUGAGGGGGAGUGAACGAGUGCACAUUUUAGGGAAAAGGGUGGAGAAUCGUACUGCAGCCUGAGAUAGAUUCCCAAGACUGCAGCAAGAAGUAUUUAGACUUUUUAUUACUGCAGUUUUUUUUGUAAUCCAUUCUAUUACUGUAUAAUAAAUAUUAACGUUUGACCUUUA